GUUCAAAUAAUAAUAAAUUAAUUAUUAUGAUAAACUUGUCUACAAAUAAAGCUAGCCAUGCAUCUUUCCCUCUUGCACAAUCAACAAUUUCAUCAGAAUGGAUUCUUUUCUCAAACAAAUGAAAACAAGGAUUUCUGGUGGAGAAGAUAAUUAUAAUUAUAAAAAGAGAAGGAAAAAGAAAGCAGUGUCAUUCAAAGAAGAUAAAAAGAAGUCACCAAAUUGGUUCAAGAUGAAUGCCGGAGAUGCUAGUGAUAGUGAGUUUGCGACGACAGUUGCAGCGGCGGCUUAUGCAAUUACAACUCUCGAAGAAGAACGGUCGAUGGACCGACAGAAUUCGAUUGAAGGAUUGCAGGAACCAUCUUUGAGUAAAAUGAAGAGUAAAAAGGAAGAGACAGUGAUUAAGCCGACAAAUGAGCCGAGUUUGUUAGCCAGAUGGCUGAGUGGAAAGGAUAUAAAAGAUGGUUCUAAACCAGUUGGUGAAAGUUCUAUGAAGGUUUCUGAAACCAAACUUCCUUCAAUGAAGAAGACUCCGACGUUUUCUGAUAAUUAUCUGAAUGAACCGGGACCGAAUGUAGAUGAUAGUGGCAGAAAUAAGAAGCCUGGGACUAGUGCUUCGAUGAAUGUGAAACCAGUGAGUAAGGUCUCUAGUAAACUUGGAACAAAAGCAAGUGAAUGGCAGAAAGCAGAGCUGGAUAAAAUUCAGAAAAGGUAUGAGAAGAUGACUGCAACAAUCUUGGAAUGGGAGAAUGAAAAGAAGAUUAAAGCAAAGCGGAAAUUGGACCAAAAAGAGAGCACGUUGGAAGCGAGAAGAGCGAGAGCAUUACAAGAGUAUCGGAAUGAGAUGUCAAGAAUUGAUCAAAUUGCCGGAGGAGCAAGAGGAGUUGCAGAAGAGAAGAGAAGGAAUGAGGAAUUGAAAACAAUUGAGAAGGCGAAGUCAAUACAAACAACAGGAAGAACUCCACAUUCAUUUUUAUGUUUCUGAACAAUAUAAUUUUCUAUCAAUCACAACCAUUAAAACUUAGCACAAUAAGAAUGGCGGAAUGCAUGAAUUCUGCAUUUUAAAAUCCA